CAGCGGUCCCGAACGGUCGUCGUUUGGUUGGGUCGUUUGCCGCGUUGCGCGAGUCAAAAUUUUCCACCAUUUUCCAUCGCCUUAUUUUUUUCGGUUCCUUCGAAAAGAUGUAAAAAACGCGAUAAAACGGCAAUUUCGGGGUGUGAUUGAGAGUGUAAAGUGGUGAUUUGAUUAGUGCGCUUCGAUUAGUGGAUAAGUAUCGACAAAGUUUUAAAUUAGUGGAAAUUUGUAAAAUUAAGAAGAAGAAAAAACCGGCUUAGGGAAAAUCAGAGCUGGUCUUGUGUGUGCGUGAGCAGUCGACCGAUAGAGAGUUUAUUUUUAAUCGUAAAACUGUGUGUGACUUUGAGUAACCGUUGUUCGGUGACGUCACGGAGUUCGUGACUACGCGGAUUUAAAAGAGAGAGAGAGUAUCAACCAUGGAUCAGCAACCCAAACCAGACGUCCCAGCUGUGGUGGCCCGUAGACGUCGCAAGACGGCCCGUCAGUUGCGUGAAUCAACGCCGGAUCCAUCCCGGGAUGGCGCCACCGGCGAGGGUUCCGCCAGCCAGAGUCAGGCCUCAGACGACCAGAGUGGCUCCGAAGGAAAGGGAUCCCUCAGCAGCAGCGGCGGAAGCGGCGUCAAAAAGAGCUUCAUCGAACGGGCCAUGGACUACAGCAGCCACCGGAACAAGAUCCUCGCCAGGAAGGACAAAAAACUCGCCACAAUGACGCCCCGGAGCAGGUCCGUCCCGCGGGAAGUCGAGGUCGAGUCGGUGCCAAGCAGUCCGGAGAUCUUUUCGCUGCUGCGACGUGCCAAGAAAAGUUUGACCGGGUCGCGCAGCAAACCCAAAACCGACGACUCCAGCGAUGGCGGCAAAGUCUCAGACACCGAGGUGCGCAAACGUCGCGAACGCAUCGAACGCUACCAAUCGGAACGGGGCAAGAACACUUCCACCACCGGCGAUGCUGGCACUGGAGAUUCUCCUGCGGCCACCAACUUGUCCCGCUUCAACGAGGAACGGCGCAAGUUCGAGCUGGAGAAGCUCAAGUUCUUGCAGGAAAAGCGAGAGUUGGAUCGGAUGAGGUUGAGACGGUUCGAGAAGUAUAGAGAAGAGCUGCUCGAGGAGCAGCGAAAGAAGCUCCAGGUUGAGCUGAGGAACCGCGAGCGGGAUGAUCGUUCCAAGAGUAUCGAAGCUCCCGUGCUUCCACCGAUUCCUCCCACGAGGUCAAAAACGCCGGCAUCACCCGGGCCGACCAAGAAGUUGCUGCUGGUAGUGCCGAAGACUUCCAGCGCGUCGGCUUCGAGCAGCGAGGAUGAGGCUGAUCACAACACGAGCGAUGAGGAGAAGAUGGCAACGAUUCGGAGGAGGUUUUCACCGAGGAAGCCAAAGCGGCCAAAGUCGGGCAAGGUUGAACCGGUGAGGCAGCUACCGAGAACGCCGGAGCUGGCUACGUCUCCCGAGCCGGAGUCGGAACUUCCGUCGGACUUUCCACCGGAGGCGGAGGAGCCGACCUCGCCGGAAGUGGUUGUGGUGGAAGCAGUCGUCGAGCAGGAGGUGAUUCCAGAGCAGGUCGAACCGGAGAUGGUGCUGACGCAGAGGAAGGUCGCGAAGCCGGAUGAGAAGGAAGAUAAGAAGGAUGGUGUGGUGGAGGAGAAGAAAGUGGGAGAUGUAACAGAGAGCAAAGAUGAGAAUAAAGAGGAAAAGAAGGAAUUGUCUGUGGUUGAUGAGAAGAAGGUCGAAGGACCGAAGGAGAAGAAACGAAGACGAGCGCUGCUGGUCUACGUGGAAAAGGACGGGGAUCAGUUCUGCUGGUCGGAGAUUCUGGGCGAAAUGAAGGACUUUUGGUUGGACUUUAUAGACGACAAUCCGUUGGAGAUUCAACGGAUGCGUCUCCAGGUGAACGAGUGCUGCUUCUACUUUGGGGUAAUGGUGUUGCUUUGCGGUAUCGGAGGGGUUAUCUUCCGGGUCACGGAAGGAACCUUUGAGUCGCAGUACAAGUGUGGUGUGAAGCGCGUCAAGCGCGACUUCAUCGAUCAUCUCUGGUUGUCCAGUCAUAAUCAGAAGGAAGAAGACUGGAAGGCAACGGCUAGGGCUAGGCUGCGCAAGUUUGAGGAGGAACUGCAGGUCGCUUUCGAGGCAGGCAUGAAGACCUACAGCGGUAACACGGCGUGGAACUUUGUCAAUGGCGUGAUCUAUUCGCUGACUGUGGUGUCGACAAUUGGUUAUGGCCACAUAACGCCGUCCACGACAACGGGCAGGGCGUUAACGAUAGUGUACGCCAUUAUAGGGAUACCGAUCUUCCUGAUAGUGUUGGCAGAUUUUGGCAAGCUGUUCACCAGAGGGAUCAAGUUCCUAUGGGCGUACGUUAGGCGAUUGUAUUAUACCGGAUCGUUCCGGAAGGUGCGAAAGACGUCGCAAGUUCAGGAUGUAAUGAAAGGCUUGAACGUCGUCUACGACAUGGUGCGCCGACCCAGCGGAGAUCACGAGCUCCAACCUGUGACCCCUGCCAACACCGCAACCACUCCAAAACACCAACCAUCUUCGGACCAACCCCAACCGUCAACAUCCGGCGACAUCGGCCCCUAUCCACCACCCCCGCUAACCUGCGACUCGCCGACCACGCCCCAGCCGGAGACGUUCGAGAUCGACGACGAGUUCAACCUGCCCAUCUCGAUCGCGAUCUUCAUCCUGGUCGCGUACAUGCUGUUCGGGGCUACGAUCUACUACACCUGGGAGAACUGGUCCUUCUUCGAGGCGUUCUACUUUGUGUUCAUCUCCAUCUCGACGAUCGGCUUCGGCGACUUUGUGCCGCAGCACCCGAUCUACAUGAUGUGCAGCAUUCUGUACUUGAUCUUCGGGUUGGCCCUCACCUCGAUGUGCAUCAACGUGGUCCAGCUGAAGCUGAGCGAUAGCUUUCGGCAGGCCAGCGCCAAGAUCGGGGCCACCAUCGGGCUGCAGAUGGCCGAGGCGGCUUCGUUGCAGCAGUCCCAGGUUCACACGCCGGGCACGGACGACCUGGCGGUGGUCCAAACGAGCACUCCGACGGCAAACGGGACGCAUCCGGCCAACGGAGAUGCCACCAUGACGCCGGUGCUGCCGGAACGUGCCAGCAAACGGGACGAUAAGAAGAAUUGAGAGUGAUUCGUAACGAAUUCAGGGUGCGUGGGAGUGUAAAAUUGCGACUGACUGCGACUAGAGUGCAGGAGCUAAUUGUUGAUAGUGGUUAAGAUUUAUCGAUUUUUUUUAGAGUCAGUCAGAGCGCGCGAAACAAUGCUUAGCACAAUCGCCAUAUUUU